CCUGUUCUGCUUCCUGUUUGAUAGUCUUUCUAAACAGGUUAGCAUGGUUAGCAUGCUUUUCGUAGCUGUUUGCAGAGGGAAGAAUGGGGAAAGUUGUCUAUAGGUGUGUUGAAUGUAAUGAAAAAGCGACGGAGCUGCACAGGGACUACAGCAACGGGAUCCUGAAGAUAACUAUAUGUGAGUCUUGCCAGAAGCCAGUGGACAAGUACAUAGAAUAUGAUCCAGUUAUCAUCCUGAUUGAUGCCAUUUUGUGCAAGACGCAGGCUUUCAGACACAUUUUGUUCAACACAAGCUUGGACAUCCACUGGAAGUUGUGUGUGUUCUGCCUGCUGUGUGAGGCCUACCUCAGGUGGUCUUCACUCCAUGGCUCUGAGCAGAGCAGCGACCCCGCUGACAUCAUCAGGUACACCAAGGAAUGGGAGUUCUACGGCAUGUUUGGAUUGGCUGCCCUCGAGCUGUCAGCGUUCUGCUGCAGCGUGCUGUGGUUCCUCUGGGUGGUGGUGGGUCGUCUUCAGGGUAGGACCGUAGAGCUCAGCCUGCUCCUCAGAGCCCUGCUGCUGUCCUGCUACGGCAAGGUCCUCCUCAUCCCUGCUGUCAUCUGGGAGCACGACUACUCCCCGCUCUGUCUGGGCUUCAUCAAGCUGUUUGUGCUCACCUCAAACUCACAGGCUAUCAGAGUGAUCUUGAACAGCAGCAGACGUGUGUCGCUGAUGGCUGUGUGUGUAGGCCUGCUGUCAGAGACCUGCAUGGCUCAGGCUGUUACCAGGCUUCCAUGGAGCAUCCAGGACGUGAUGACAUUUGACUGAAUGUCAUCAGACUCAGACAUGUGUCAGUUAUCUCAGGGACAAACAAGUGAUGGAGGAUGCUAAAACCAACUUGUGAGGCAAUGAACCUUCAUAACAUAAACAGUAGAAAACAUGCUGCAUGGUGACACUGGCCAAAUGAAAAGCCUGUAUGAACUGGUUGCAGAUUGAGUCAGUGUGACACUGCUCAGUCGCAGGCAGAACGCAGCAGAAGAGAUAUUUAUUUCUAAGAAAAUGUUAGAGAUGCUUUUAACUUACAAGGGACAUAGAAAGGCAGCAAAGACUUAAGUAGUUGAGAAAAGAGAAAAAAAAAAAAAAACAUCUGUUGUUUGGAAGGAUACAGAGGAAGUGCCAGUGGCUCUCAUCUUGUUUUUCAGUUUGGUUUUUAAUAUGGAAAACACGCUCCCAAGUUGAAAUUCCAAGAACAGCUUACUUUACACAGAAAGCCCAAGAGAAGGAGGUACAGCCAUGGGAAUGUCCGCUGAUCUAAAUUACUGUUACACGUGCUCUAAUUCCAGUGCUGCUCUCUAAAGAAUGACACAAACACAGACCCUGAGGUUGUAAUUUGACAAUAACCACUUCUCUGUUUGGACAAGACGCAGCCAACACUCCGCAUUCUUCAGCUCAUUGCUGAAAUUUUUACCUUAAUUCACACAUGUACACACACACACACACAGAUAAACAUAAACACACAUGGUGGAAAUGUGAGAAGACAUAAGUUGAUAAGUGCUGUAUUACUGACUUUCACAUUGUUUAUUUCUGUGCUAAAAGAUUAUAAACUGUAUGUGCCAAUGUGAUAGACGUAGAGCUGCAACUAACGAUUAUUUUCAUUUUUGGAAUAAUCUGUUGAUUAUUUUCUUGAUUAAUCCAUUAGUUGUUU